UCUCUCUUCCCCCUCUUCCCUUCCAAACUCACUCCAACGCCGGAGGCCAAGUACUGGAGAUCAUUCAAAAUCCCUAAAGAUAUCGAAACCACACCAUCAAAAUCCUUCACUUUCCCAAUAAAUUCGAUUGCAUUUUCGCCGAUAGGCUCUCACGAUUUCGCCGCCACGCAUUCCGCCAACAUAUCGAUCUUCUCCGACAAGACCCUUGAGCCUAAACCCACAAUCUCCUCUUUCUCCGACACCGCCGUUGCCGUCUCCUUCCGCUGCGACGGGAAGCUCCUCGCCGCCGGAGACUUGACGGGCACCGUCCACGUGUUCGACGCGAAGUCCCGCAGCCAUCUCCGCCGUCUGAAGGGCCACGCAGCCGCUGUCCGGUCAGUAAGUUACCCUCGCGCCGCCGAUAAACUCCACCUCUUUUCAGGUGGAGAUGAUUCCGUUGUUAAGUAUUGGGAUGUUACAAUUGAGAAAUGCGUGUUUAAUCUCUUAGGGCACAAGGAUUAUGUGCGGUGCAGUGAUGCUUCGCCUAUUAGUGAUGAAAUGUUCGUUUCUGGGUCGUACGAUCAUAGUGUUAGGGUUUGGGAUGUGAGAGUGUCAAAUGCAAGCUCUGUGAUGGAAUUAAAUCACGAGAAGCCAAUAGAGAGUGUGAUUUACCUGCCCUCCGGUGGCCUAAUCGCCACGGCUGUUAGAGAGAGGGAAGGGGAAGAUGGGGAAGAUGGGGAAGAGAGAGAGGGCUGCUUCGUCUUCUACAGUACAUCAUCCAAUUCUACUCCUCUUUCUAAUUUGUGUAAAUAUUAG